AUGAAGGUCAGGAAACAGAACGGGCCGGCAAAUGCGGGCCAGGAAGCGAUAGUUGAGGCUGUGGAUGGCGCAGAGAGGGGACCGAGCUUGGAAGACGAGGAGCAGGAGGAGGAAGAAGCGGAGCGGAGCGCCAUGCAGCUUAGCUAUGAGGACAUGCUGGCACUGGGCGAGCUAGCCGGCAAGGUCGAUAAGGGCCUCAGUGCGGAGGCCCUGAGCCGGCUGCCGGUGGUGCGAGUGUGCGCUCUUCGAGGGGAUUCAGGAGUUGUCUCCUUGAACCGUUGUUGCAUCUGCCAGCUGGAGUUCGAGGAGGCGGAGGACGCCACGCCGUUGUCCUGCCGGCACUGCUAUCACAGCGACUGCGUACGGCAAUGGUUACAACAGAGCAAGGCAUGCCCCAUCUGCGGAAAGGAGGUGGAGGCCGUCUAG